AUCCGCACCGCAUCAUAUCUACGCGAUAAUUCGCAUGCCGCAUUGUUAUCAUUUUCCCUAAUAUUGAGAUAAAUUGCAAUUAUUUUAAGUAACAUAAAUUCACCAUGGGCACUACUGGUCCCACGGACACCGUGAACGCCCUCGCCAGAGAGUACGUUGAGUUUCUCGACGAUGAGGACGACCAGGGAAUCUACUCUACUCGCGUUAAGCACAUGAUUAGUGAAAAGAAGAUCAGACUUAUCGUCAAUAUCAAUGAUUUGAGACAGAAGAAUCCGAAAAGAGCCAUUGGUUUGUUGAAAAAUGCCUUUGAGGAGCAGCAAGCGUUUGAGCGAGCCCUGAAGGAAGUCGUAGGCUCCGUCGAUGCCACUUAUGCCAAGGAACACGAGGACUUUUAUGUGGGCUUUGAAGGCAGCUUCGGCAGCAGACACGUAACCCCUAGGACGCUGCUAUGCCAUUUACUGGGCAACAUGGUCUGUGUUGAGGGCAUUGUCACCAAGAGCUCCAUGGUGCGGCUCAAGGUCGUCCGCAGCGUCCACUACUGUCCGGCCACCAACAAGUUCAUGGAGCGGCAGUAUUCGGAUUUCACCAACCUAAAGGCUUUUCCCACCAGCUCCACCUACCCAACAACGGACGAUGCUGGAAACCUUUUGGAAACUGAAUAUGGUCUCUCGACCUACAAGGACCACCAGACCAUCAGCGUGCAGGAGAUGCCAGAGAAGGCGCCGACCGGGCUCCUGCCGCGAGUUGUUGACGUUAUCGUGGACAACGAUUUGGUUGACUCGUGCCAGCCUGGAGACCGAAUCCUCAUUGUUGGCAACUACAGAUGCAUGCCUAGCAAGCAGGGCUCUUACACAAGCGGAAUUUUCAGAACUGUGGUGAUUGCAAACAACAUUUCGGUGCUGAGCAAGGAAGCGUCGGCUUUGGUGACCCGAGAUGAUGUGAAGCGGUGCAAGAGGUUCUGCAAGCGCAACGACAUCGUGGACCAGCUGUCGAGGUCGAUCGCGCCCUCCAUUUUCGGCCACGACAUUGUGAAAAAGGCCAUCCUCUGCAUGCUGCUGGGCGGCGUUGAGAAGAUCCUUGAAAACGGCACUCGCCUCAGAGGAGACAUAAAUUUGUUGCUGAUCGGAGAUCCCAGUGUGGCCAAGUCGCAACUGCUGCGCUAUGUUUUGCACACGGCCCCUAGGGCCAUCGCUACCACAGGUCGCGGCUCCUCAGGCGUUGGUCUCACCGCCGCCGUCACUACAGAUCCUGAUACUGGCGCUAAAACUUUGGAAGCGGGUGCGAUGGUGUUGGCCGACCGCGGUAUUGUGUGCAUCGACGAGUUUGACAAAAUGACUGACAUUGACCGCACGGCAAUCCACGAAGUGAUGGAGCAGGGCCGCGUCACCAUUGCCAAAGCCGGCAUCCAGGCCAGUCUCAACGCUCGUUGCUCCGUAAUGGCUGCUGCUAACCCCGUUUAUGGAAGGUAUGACCAGUUCAAAACUCCAAUGGAGAACAUCGGCCUUCAGGACUCUCUUCUGUCUCGUUUUGAUCUUUUGUUUGUCAUGCUGGACACGGUGGACACUACUGCUGAUGAGGCGAUUGCCGAUCACGUUCUCCGCAUGCACCGCUACAGGAACCCUAAAGAGCGUGAUGGAGAGGUGCUGCCUCUUGGCCUUGGAGCUCAAGCUCUCAGCACUCUUGCGGACGAUCCUCAGGAGUCUGAAGAUCCUGAUGACUUGAUCUACGAAAAGUACAAUCCUCUCCUACACGGACCAUCCAAAGCCAAAUCGAAGCGCAUUUUCUCCAUGGAUUUCAUGCGAAAGUACCUGUUCAUCGCCAAGUGUUUGACGCCAAAGCUGACAGACCAGGCUGCCUCGGCCAUCGCCGAAGAGUAUGCUUCCUUGCGUAGCAUGGACUUGCAGGAGCAUGACGUCGCUAGGACGCAACCUGUGACAGCACGUUCUUUGGAAACUCUAAUCCGUUUGUCAACCGCCCACGCCAAAGCUCGACUCUCGCAGAAGAUUGAAAGGAUUGAUGCCGACGCGGCCAUCAGCCUUGUGCAGUACGCCUAUUUUAAAAGGGUGUUGGAGAAGUCAAAGAAGCGGCGUAAGAACGUUGAGAGUGACAGUGAAAACUCGGAUGAAGACGAUGAUGACGACGAGGACGAUGACAAUGACAAUGAAGACGACGAUGAAGCUGCAAAGAAGAAUCGCACAAGCCGGCAGACAAAGCGGCAGAAGACAAGGGACGACGCUGAGUCUGUGGCGCAGGCGGCAGAGGCCGAGGAGGAGCCGAUGGACAUACCUGUUGAGGACCUGCCUGUGCUGGACGCCGACCGGCUCAAGUUGUUCAAAACCGGCCUGACACAGUACCUGAAGGAGAAGCGCUCGCAGUCCGUGUCCCUGGGCACCUUGAAGGCUUACAUCAACGAGGGCGUGGCCAAGCAGCAGCCUUUCACAGAUUCUGAGAUCAAGUCGGCCAUCGACACGAUGACCAAGGCCAACCAGGUCAUGCUUGCUGAUGAUAUUCUCUUCCUCAUUUAAUUUCUGUUCAGAGAGGAUGAUUCUCAGCUAUUUGAUUGAUUUUUGUACGAUAAUUUAAAAUAAAUAGGUUGUUAAGGUUGCUAUUUAUACAUA